GUAGUAUGAGAAGAAUGAAAGAAAGAAGACUCUCUGUUUCGUCGGGUGGGUGAGAUGGGUCCGAACAGAUCUUCCCUCUUUCUCGAAGUCCUACUUGCAAUUUUGAUCCCUCCUUUGGGUGUCUGUCUCAGGCAUGGCUGCUGUAGCUGUGAAUUCUUAAUCUGCUUGAUCCUGACUUUAUUGGGGUAUAUUCCUGGGAUCAUCUACGCCAUCUAUGCGAUCGUCGUCAUAGAUCGGGACAGAUACCGUGAUGAAUAUAAUGAUUAUCAGCCAGUCUAUGCAGCAUAGCUAUGGCCCACUUCUCUUUUUUCCUUGUUUGAAAUGGUUUGUUUCUUUCCAACUUCUAUUAUGCAAAUGAGUGGAUUUUAAGUGUUUUCUAUUUCCAAUGUAUAGUCACGGAACAAUGAUUGGCUGCAAACCCUGUAGCCCAAGUGGGCUGACAUAUGAUCACCAGAAACGGUUCGAUAGAAUGGUCCAACGUGGAUUAGAAAUGGCCUCCAAUUCCCAUGAUCUGAUGAUCAAGGCCAUCCCAUUAUAAGCUUGUGUCAUUCAUCUUGGUAUGUGGUCAUUUCAAUGGGGUUAUUUUAGGAUGUGUGAUCUGUGGUGGGCCCUUCAAUGUCAUUGUUUUUGGAUUGAAUCUUUUAGAUCAUGUGCGGCCUAUCAGACCUAUUGGGCACGUUUGUUUUUAUAUUUGUUAGAUUUUAUUGGUUAUGUGGAUGGAUAUGUGUGCAUGUAAUUGCAUCAUGCAUUUUCAGUAGUAAUGUAUACACAUUAUUCUUGGUUCGGUCGA